ACGUGAUCAACUAUGAUCCGAUAGGCUAUUAAUAGAAUCAAAUUGGAAAAUAUCUUGGGGUAAACUGAUAAUGAAUGACAGACUGAUCAUAAACGAAAACAGAAAAUGGGUGUUGGGGACCAACUUAGGCAUACAAAUAAAGGGCGACUCUCGUAUGAAAGGAACACUUCGAGCGAUAAACUAAAGGAAUUUUUAACCAGUUGCUCAUCACCACCGGAAAUUCACAUCUCCCCAAAGUUUUCAGAGUCUUUAAAGCCUCGACUGAAAGAAAAAUAUGUCUCAGAUCAAGAUGAGAAAGCUAACACAGGGAAAGUCACCCUGUUGUUGGAGUCACCAACAUGUUCAGGAAAAUAUUCUCCACCACGAGAAACGAGCAAUAAAUCAGACAGCUCUGUGAAUAGUGAUGUGCGUGUAGAGAAGAGCUGUGUGACAUCUCCGGAGUUUAUCAAGUCCAGACUGGCAAUACAGAAGUAUGAGACGGAGUUGGAGAGCAGAACAAGGAAGCUGGUUUUGCAAAAGAAACAGGAGUUUGAAGAGCAUAAAGCUCGCAUAGAACAAGAUGCAGAGAGAAGGAUAGUAGGUAUAGAACAGCGUACCUCUUUUGAGAGCAGAACCAAGGUGCAGAACAUUGAACACAGAUACAAAUCUCAAGAAGCUGAAAUAGAUGCAGUCCAUAAGAGACUUCGAGAGACACAUGCCCAUCGAAAACAGAUUCAUGAAAGUCAAAUUCAAGAAGCUGAGCAUGCUAAGAGAAAACUGCAACAGGAAAAAAAUGAACAAAAAGAAAGAAAGGAACGUCAAAGCAAACUUGCUGAAUCUGCUAGCCAGUUACGACAUCUGAGUGCGAAGAUUACCGAGGACUAUUCAGCCUGUAGGUACUCUUCCCAUGUCUCAGAGGCGGCUCAGUUAUCCAUGGCACAGAUGAAAACUUUGGUGGCCAAUAUGAAUAACAUUGUGAGCCAAUGUGAGCAGUCUGGUGAUGUGCAAGGAGAACAUUUCCAACAAUGUGCAAAUAUCCUGGACUUGGCUACUGAUCUAUAUAAACAUGUCAGGACGGAACUAGAGCUGGCAGAGAAGGCUGGUGAGGAAGCACAUUUGGAGGCCAAGAGGCUUGCCAAACAGAAGGAAGAUGAGGCAAAGAAGGCGGAGUUACCGACACCCAUUGCAGCCUCAACUCCAGUCCCUGUCAAGCCAGUCAUAAAACCAGCUGUUAAAGUGACAUCAUCUAGUCUGGAUUUAAUGGCAGUGAAACGCUACCUGGAUCUUCAGGGCAGAUUGACCUCUGUAGAGGAAAGCGUACAUGUCCUCUCCUCCACUGCUCAGCUCAAGAAGUUGAAGUUUGACAUCCAGAAGGCAGUGAACACCCCCAUCAACGCGAUAUCUGGUGUCAGCGGUGACCACCUGCGGGACAAGUUGAAGCGUCUACUGUCUCUCCUGGCUGGACAGACUGUGGACAUCUCCGGUCACACUGUGACCCUGAAACAGCACCCUUCUGCAGGCAUUUUCUGUAAAAAUCUAAUUGCAAAGAUGGUUGUGAAAAAGGGAGAAGAGCAAGUUUCCUCAAGCUACGAGUCAGCAUUUGCCAUUGCUAUGGUGACAGUGGGGCUGUGGCGGGAGCAACCAGACCUAGGCGAUCUAUUUGUAGGACACUUCUACGCAGCGUGCCCUUACCUUGCACCUUUCUAUCCACCAAAACUGGACGGACAAACAGAUGAACAGUACUUCAGAUCCCGAGGAUACCAGUAUGAAGAUGGCCAGGUGGAAAAACAAGAGAAGUUUCUGAAGCGAAUGUCUGGUAUCAUGAGACUGUAUUUCUCAAUCAUUGUGUCCAGUCCACCAAGGGGAGAGCACCCACACGGUGUCCAACAUGCCUGGGCUUGGAUCGCCCGGGUACUCAACCUUGAGCCCGAGCCCGACAUAACAUCAACAAUGAUAUUCGACUUCCUGCAGGUGGCAGGAUUUGCGUUACUGAGAGAGUAUAAGAAACAGUUCCUGAAGCUAUUGCGAACACUUUGCAAAGACAUGUUGCCCAAACUUAAGGACGUGUCAUCGCCAGCUGGUAGAGGCGGGUUGUCUCGGUUACAGGUUUUGCUGGAAAACAGCGUAAAAAAUCACGGGCACUUCUCACCGCCUGAAGGAUAUCUAGAUCAACGGUUUUGGCUCUCUUAGAAGUCGCUCUGCUUGAAGCUUGUUGACAUAACAGACUUCCAGUUCUUUGCUCAUGUUUAUUAAUUCAUCAGAAUAUAUAUGAAAUAAAUAACUGAUAUAAUUUGUUUGUGUAACUCAAACAAUUUUGAAGAAUGACAAUUAAAUCAAGAGGACUAAUAGCAUAAUGUAUAGUUUUAUUUCUUGCUAUUUGUACAUGUAUUUACUAAUAUGCCUAUUUGCACUUUAAAAUAUAGAUGAUUAUAAUCAAAUGAACAAACUUUAGCCUAUCCAAAUGAUACAUGUAUCAAAAACAUUGGGUUUAUCAUAUUCCAGACAAUAUAAAAUGUUCAAAGUUGUU